AAUUUCUGCAGCAGUUAAAAUAAAAGGAGUUCCCUCUAAAAUCUCAGGCCACAGGUUUUUGCAUCUUUCGGAGAGAAGGGAAGUUAAAUUCAACUUAAAAAUAAAAACUGUUGUAUUGAGCAAUGGCCGCUGAGGAUACCCUGAAGAUGUUUGAGGUGGAAGUGACUUGCUCCAUUUGCUUGCAGUAUUUCACUGAUCCAGUGAUUCUAGAUUGCGGGCACAAUUUCUGCCACCACUGCGUUUUCAAGUACUGGAAAGACUUUGUGCGUGAUCGGAGCUGCCCUGAGUGCAGAUGGGUAGUUGAGCCUGACAGGCUCAUUACAAACAAGCCGCUGGAAAACUUGGCUAGAUUCCUCAGAGAUCAAGCUAAACAGGCUAAAGGAGGGGAGGGAACCUGCUACAGGCACCCAGAGCCUCCCACAUCUUUCUGUAAGACUGACCAAGCCCUAGUCUGCUCAGCAUGUGUCGAAUCCACAGAGCACAAGGCUCACGACGUAGUUCCCAUGGAGGAAGCUGCCCAAGAGACCAAGGGUCACAUAGGCAACUGCAUUAAUGCCCUAGAGAACCGGGAAGAGGCAAUUCUGGAGUGUAGAUCAGCUUCAGAAAAACAAACUCAAACCCUUAUUAAACUGACAGAAAAGUUGAUGCAAGAAACACUGUCCAAGUUCGACGAGCUGCGCCAGUUCCUGUUGUCUGAAGAGCACACUAUGGUUGGCAAGCUCCGAGACAUACUGAAGGAGAUCGUAACAAGGAGAGACAAUCACAUGAGCAAGCUUUUUCGGGAAGUCUCCUCUUGCGAAAUCCUCAUCCGGGAGCUGGAGAAGAAGUGCUGCCAGCCAGUGAGUGAACUCCUGCAGGAUGCUGGGAACACCAUGGAGAAGUUCCACCAGGCAACACCGUUUCAGUGCGUGAGCCCUUUUUUGCCGAAGCAGCUGUGGGAAAUAUGGGACGUGACGGACGCAAACAUCUCUCUGGAGAGUGCCGUGAAGCAAUUCAAAGAUGCUCUGGAGUCUAGAUUCUCGCUUCAGGAAGCGAUUGUGGCCUUUGAUCCAGAGACAGCGCAUCCCCGGCUUGUCCUCUCUAAGGACUGCAAAAGCGUGAGACUGGCGGACAAAACUCAAGAGCUGCCCAAGAGCCGGAAGCGGUUUGAAGCCAACCUAUUCCUCCUGGGAUGCGAGGAGUUUGCCGUGGGCAGGAACUACUGGGACGUCGCCGUGGGAAGCGAGGGCGAAUGGGCCGUGGGGGUGGCCAGGAAGUCCGUCAAGAGGAAGGACGUGGCUGCCAUAAGCUAUAAGGUUGGGAUCUGGGCAAUAGGGAAGCGGGGAAGUCAGUACGCAGUUUUCAACCCCCCUGACUUCCCUCCUCUGAGCCCUGUGCGGGAGCUCAAGAAAGUCCGAGUGUCUUUAAACUGUGACGGGAGGCAUGUGGCCUUCUUUGAUGCGGACGAUGCAGCCCUGCUUUUCCAGACCCCAAUAACUACCAUCGCCAGAGAGUCCUUCCUCCCCUUCUUUCAUGUUUCCAAUAAAGCUGUUCUAACACUGCCCCGCUAAGGCAGCCAGAAACUUCUUCCCACUUUAGGGCUUUGGCCACUUAGGACAUUGAUUCUGCUGCGCAUCUCAGUGGUUGAUGGAGUGCAGAACACGAGCGACUCACUUUCGUGUCUUCCUGGGGAGGCUGGUCUAGGCUAGCCCCUCCCCCCCCAAACUCGGGUCUCCCAUCUGUUUUUGGACUACAUCAUCCCUGACACCACUGGUCCUGCUAGUUAGGGAUGAUGGGAUUUGUAGUCCAACAACAGCUGGGCAACCAAGUUUGGGAAGCCCUGCUUCUAGGCCAGCCUUCCAGAUGAUUCGACUGCAACUCCCACCAGACUGGGACUGAUGAGAGUUGUAGCUGGAAGCAG